AUGGGUUGGUCUAUAGGGACAACAAAUGUCCGCUUAGGUCGAUACGCCGGUAACACCAAUCAGGCGACGUCGGCAGUCGCCGUUGGAAACAGGGCCGGUAACAUAGACCAGUCCAGUGAGGCCAUGGCUUUGGGAGCUAAUGCCGGUCGCAAAUUACAGGGGGUAAAAGCCAUAGCCAUAGGUAGCAGCUCCGGUGAGACAGACCAGGGUGAAAGUGCCAUUGCGGUAGGUUCGGAUGCCGGGCAUGUCAACCAGGGUGUAGACGCUGUCGCUGUCGGUAGCUCUGCCGGUGAAACUAACCAGGGGUCCAAUGCCGUGGCAAUUGGAAAGCAUGCGGGUAAGUACGCGCAGGCCGACAACAGCAUCAUUCUGAAUGCAACGGGUGUUGCGCUAAGCUCGAGCACCGCGGGGUUGUUUAUAGAACCUAUCCGAAACGUAGACUUGACGGACAAUAUAUUGUACUACGACCCUACAUCGAAAGAAAUUGUGUACGGGGCGGCCCCGGCACAGGCCCCGGCGGACACGGGUGCCACGGUUGAUGCGGGGAUCAAUAUCAACGAUUUUCUGGUGUGGAACGGAACAAAGUGGGUCCCCAAAAUCAGCGUGGGUGGCAGUGUGAAUAUCGCAACUGGUGCGGGUGAGACGAACCAGGGUAGUGGCGCGGUGGCUGUGGGCAACGACGCCGGAAACUCCGACCAGGGUAAAGAUGCUGUUGCGGUGGGUAACGAGGCCGGGCGCGACAAGCAGGGUGCGAAUUCGAUUUCGGUAGGGAACAAGGCCGGGGCCACCGGCCAGGGUGCGAACGCGGUGGCCGUUGGCAACGAGGCUGGAAGCAGCAGCCAGGGCGAUGGCGCCGUGGCGAUGGGGAAUAAUGCCGGAAAGACAGACCAGGGCACGAGCGCCGUGGCCGUGGGCGUCAAAGCCGGGAUGACCACCCAGGGGGACAAUGCAAUUGCCGUCGGGAACGAUGCCGGGAAGAUGGACCAGGGGGCAAGUGCAGUGGCCGUUGGCGAUAUGGCCGGUGAAACAACACAGGCCGCGGGCGCAAUCGCAAUAGGUGCGGAGGCGGGAAACACCAAUCAGGGUGCCUGUGCGGUGGCCAUUGGAAAUAAGGCCGGUGAAGUGGACCAGGCGGACAACAGCAUAGUUCUGAAUGCGAGUUGCAGUACACUGAAUGCGGGCACAACGGGGCUGUUUGUGGACCCGAUUCGCAACGUCGACAUGACGGAUAAUGUCUUGUACUACGAUGAGACGCUAAAGGAGAUUGUAUACGGGGCCUCGAUCACGGUGCCCACAGUGGGUACCGGCACGGAAGUGUCCCAGUACUUGCGCUGGGAUGGGACAAGCUGGGUUGCUUACGGUGAUCGGGUCGCCAUUGGCAACCUGGCCGGAGAGACCUCGCAGAGUGUGAAUGGGGUUGCGAUAGGCACGAAUGCUGGCAACGCGAAUCAGAGUACUGAUGCGAUUGCAAUUGGGCUCAGCGCCGGUAUGACGGAUCAGGGGGAGUCAGCGGUUGCCAUAGGAACAGAGGCCGGGAUGGAGUCGCAAAGUGGAGGUAUUGCUAUCGGGACCAGGGCCGGCAGGACCAGUCAAGGUGCGAUGUCCGUUGCGGUAGGUGAAGAUGCAAUGUAUGAAAACGGUGGUCAACUAUCGGUGGCUGUUGGAAAGUCGGCGUGUUAUUCUGGAGACGGUGGCAGUUGUGUGGCUGUAGGGUAUGGGGCGCUUGAGUCUAACGCGGGAGCCACCGAGUACGCGGUGGCACUCGGUGCCCUGGCGUGCAAUACCGUGUCUUCCAGCAAUACAAUUACGCUGAACGCAACGUCACUGGACCUCCCAAAUGCGGUACCCAAUUCGUUCGUCGUCAAACCCAUCAGGAACGCGGCGGGUCCAAACGCGCUAACGUACAACCCCGCAACGGGCGAGAUUACGUAUACGACAUCAAGCCUGGACACCAAGGAGAACAUUAAGGUAUUCGAUAGGGAAAUUGGUGAUGUGCUCGAGCAGUUGGUGGUCAAGGAAUUCAACUUUAUAAACAAGAACAAGUAUACACAAUUCGAUGCAGUUGACGAAGAUAUCAUGUCGUUUGACACGUGGGUGGAAACCAGCCCCAAAGCCAGGGGCAGUUACGAUGAACAGGUGGUGGAAGAGUACGAACUGUACCGAAAGAAGGUCAAGGUAGGUGAGUGUCAUGUUAUAGACAAGGAGGAGACGCACUUUGGGUUUAUAGCCGGCGAAGUCCAGGAAAUUAUGCCGGAGCUCGUGUACGACGACAUUGACGGCGUGGCGCUGGAUAUCAAGUGGAACAAUCUCACGGCCAUGCUGGUAAAACAGAACCAAAUGUUAACGGCGCAGCUUGCGGUUCUUGAGGAUCGGUGCUUGGACCUUGAAAACAGCAGCGUGUUGGCUACAGGGCACAUAGGCGAUGAGCUAGAAAAGAAAGAAGAAAAAAAAAUAGUCUUUUAG